CACAGCUACCCAUCGGAUCAUCCACUUUCUGACUUCCUGAGUCCCAGGCAAGAGAAGAUAGGUGGCUCUACCCUUCACUAAGGGUAGGCGUGGCACUGGUGUCUGCUGUUGCUGUGCCCUCAUUGGCCUUCAAGAAAUCAGACUCAACAGAAGGAGCAACUGCCUUGCGAGGCUCCCGUCCAGACCCGGAGCCAUUUAUCAAGAGCAUGGGGCUCCCUGAUGUCCAGCUCCAGUUGGUGCUGCUGUGGGCACUGGUGUGGGCACAGGGGGUGAGGUCUCUGUGUCCUUCCUGUGGGGCCCCCACACUAGCACCCCAAGCAGAACGAGCUCUGGUCCUGGAGUUAGCCAAGCAGCAAAUCCUGGAGGGUCUGCACCUGACCAGUCGUCCCAGAAUAACUAAUCCUCCACCCCAGGCAGCGCUGACCAGAGCUCUUCGGAGACUACAGCAGGAAAGUGUGGCUCCAGCGAAAGGGGAGGAGGUCAUCAGCUUUGCUACCACCACAGACUCUUCCACUUCAACCUGCAGCUCCACGCUCACCUUCCACCUGUCCACUCUUCCAUCCCUCCACCUGUACCAUGCGCGCCUAUGGCUGCAUGUGCUCCCCACCCUUCCUGGCACUCUUUACUUGAGGAUCUUCCGAUGGAGCCCUAGGAGGAAGCGUCGAGGGUCCCGCACCCUCCUGGCUGAGCACCAGAUGACAGGCCCUGGCUGGCAUGCCCUGACUCUGCCCUCCAGUGGCUUGAAGGGUGAGGAGUCUCAUGUCCUGAAACUCCAACUGGACUGCAGACGCCUAGAAAGCAACGGCACAAAUGCCCAACAACCUCAGCGGCUGCUGGACACAGUGGGAGACCAGCGGCCCUUCCUGGAGCUUAAGAUCCAGCCCAAUGAGCCUGGAGCAGGCCGGACCAAGAGGAGGACCCUCACCUGUGAGCCUGAGACCCCCUUAUGUUGUAGGCGAGACCAUUAUGUAGACUUCCAGGAACUGGGAUGGCAGGACUGGAUCCUGCAGCCUGAGGGUUACCAGCUGAAUUACUGCAGUGGGCAAUGCCCCCCACACCUGGCUGGCAGCCCAGGCAUCGCUGCCUCCUUCCAUUCUGCUGUCUUCAGCCUCCUCAAGGCCAACAACCCUUGGCCCUUGGGUACCUCCUGCUGUGUCCCUACUGCCCGAAGGCCUCUCUCUCUCCUCUACCUGGACCGCAAUGGCAAUGUGGUCAAGACAGAUGUACCAGAUAUGGUGGUAGAGGCCUGUGGCUGUAGCUAGCAAGAGGAACUGGGUUCUGGAGUAAAGAGAUCAAGUUGGGGGUUCCCAGGCAAACAGCAUCUGUGGCUGGAGGCAUCAGAUUCUUAAUCUGCAUACCCCUCCAUGGGCCACCAGGCAGUAUGACUGGGUUGACCCCUAUGGGACCCAAAUGGGGACGUUUUUGUCCAGACUGUAGCCUAUUCCAGGCUGGCUGAUAUGUGGGGAGAUGGGGAAUGUGUGUCCUCUGAAGAAAUCUAGCCAGAAAGCAUGAUUUCCUACUCUAAGGUUUGUGAGAACAUGGCAGAAGCAAGGGAGGGAGGGAGGGAAGGAGGAGGCAGAGAAAAAUGACUCAGUCUCUCCCAAGAAGAG